AUGGAGCGAGAAAGGGUUGUGAGUGAGGACAGGAGGGUGAUGGUUGCCAUUGAUGAACACGAAGGCAGCUUCUAUGCUUUAGAAUGGGCUCUCAAGAAUCUUCAUGAAUCCAUUGCCAAUUCCCACCUCGUUGUUUUCACCGCCCAGCCCACUUCGGAAUUCAGCUAUAUUCGUGCACUUGAGCCUAGAGAAUUGAAGAGAGAAAUCCAGGAAGAUCAGAAGAAGGCUGCCACUGCUUUAUUGGAAAAUGCCAGAGAAGUUUGCAACAGAUAUGGGGUAACACCUGAGUUGAUUACAGAAGUUGGGAACCCAAAAGAUGCUAUAAAAGCAGCAGUGGACAGGCUUCAUAUUAACCUGCUCAUCGUUGGGAGUCAUGGUGAAGGCGCUUUUAAGAGGGCUUUUCUUGGGAGUGUGACCAAUUACCUAGUCCACAAUGUGCAUUGCCAGGUUCUUGUUGUGAAGACUAAACCAACUUGA